AUGAAAGAGAAGAUCCUCAGCACCGUGAACCAUCAGACACAUCGGACUGCACAAGGCUAAGUGAUGAUCGAGCUGGGCCAGCUGGAAGAGGGCAGUAGCCCUAUAGAGGAGAUGAUGGAGCUUACAGCUCAGAGUUUGAGUCAACUUGAGAUUAAAGAACAUUUCAAUAUCAUCAAAGAGAUUGGCCGUGGGAAAUAUGGGCGCGUCCUGUUCGUUACCCAUCGGUGCAGGGGGACCCCAAUGGCUCUGAAGGUCUUGUCUAAAAACUCAACUGGCUUAAAAAGCUUCCUGCGUGAGUACUGUAUCUCCCUCCAUCUGUCCUGCCACCCCUGCAUCGUGGGUCUGUUUGGAAUUGCCUUUCAGUCUAAUGAACAUUAUGGAUUCGCUCAGGAGCUGGUGGCUGGACGCGACCUGUUUGCUGUCAUCAAACCACGGGUGGGCAUCCCUGAGAGUGCGGUGAAGCGCUGUGCCAUACAGAUCGCCAGUGCCCUGGAGUUCAUCCACCACUUGGGACUGGUGCAUCGUGACAUCAAACCUGAGAAUGUGCUCCUGCUGGACAACCAGUGCAACAGCAUCAAGCUGGCUGACUUUGGCCUAACACAUAAGCGAGGCACGCUAAUCCGAUACAUCUCUUCCACGCUGCCAUACAUGGCACCAGAGCUGUGUGCAAUGGUGCCGGAGAAGGGUCAGGAGGAUCCUGAUGCACCGCCGCUUAGCAUACAACCCAGUCUAGACACCUGGGCCUUUGGUGUGCUGCUCUUUUGCAUCUUAACUGGCUUUUUCCCUUGGGACCACUGCACAGAUGAUGACGAUUUCUACCAGGAGUUUGCAACGUGGCGGAAGGACAUGGAGACAGAGGAGGUCCCAUCACAGUGGAAAAGAUUUACGCCAGUGUGUUUGGAGAUGUUCGCCAGGCUGCUGGCCCUAGAGCCUAAUGACAGGUGCUCAGCUGAGGUAGUCAGGGGGUAUAUCGGUAAGGACUGGGUAAAGCCAAAGAACUGA